GCCUCUCUCUUUAAAUCCUCUAAUCUAGGCUCCCUAGUGUUUAGAGUUUCAGAGUACACCAGACAGUAUUGUUUCACUCAAAUUUAUAAAGCGUUGUGAUAAUGGAACAGUUCAUGGGCACAUGGAAAUUAACUGCAAGUGAGAAUUUUGAUGAAUACAUGAAAGCUGUAGGUAUUGGUUUUGCAUCCAGGCAAAUCGCGAAUUUAGCCAAGCCAAGUCUGUUGUUCAGCGUCGAUGAUCAGGGAUUCGUAUCAAUGAAAUCCUCGACCACCUUCAAGACAGUAGAAAUAAAAUUUCGUCUGAAUGAAGAAUUUGAUGAGAUCACAGCAGAUGACAGGCAGGCGAAGACUGUUAUGAAACUGGUGGAUGGUAAACUUGUUCAAACACAGUCCUGGGAAGGAAAGAGCACAACGAUUGAAAGAGAAGUUCAGGGUGGGAAACUGAUAGUGAAAUGCAUCAUGGAUGAUGUGGUGUCAAUGAGGACAUAUGAAAGAGACCAGUAACCCACUUCUACAGGUCUAAACAGAAAAAACAAUAACUGGAUCCCAAAUGGUGACAUCAUUCAAAUGAAUGUAAAUAUAAAUCAUCAUAUAACGACUUCUACACCCCAUACAAUAUCCAGGAGGGAGCCAAGUGGAUUAAAUUGAAACAGCCAGCUACACUUUUAAUAGCUUGUUUUUGUUUUUUUUGUUUGCUUUUUAAAACAUUGAUCUCAGUGUUAUAAAACCAAGCAAAAUGUCAAUAAAAAAAUUUCAUAACA